GCAGCUGAUUGGUCAGUCAGGCUAGGACGGGCCUGGGAUGGUUACCUGUGCUGUACUACUAGUGGUGACAGUCACACUGGUGACAGCUGUUGUGUGUAUGGGAGACACUGGGGCUGCAGCAGCAGGACAGGGCUGACCACGCUGAGAGAGAGACAUCAUGGUGGACAGGGAGCUGUUAGUAUCUGCCCCUGGGAAGGUCAUUCUGCACGGAGAGCAUGCAGUGGUGCACGGGAAGAUGGCGUUGGCGGUGGGUUUAAACCUGAGAACCUUCCUCAGGCUGCGGCCAUCCAAAGAUAAUAAGGUCCUGAUAAACCUUCCUAACAUUGGAACCAAGCUGAGUUGGAGCGUCUGUGACCUGCAACCCCUGCUCCAUACUUUCCAAGGGAACGCUGGACAAGAACCGGCCAGUCCUGGCCCAGAACAGCUGGAAGUGCUGAUGAGGUUUGCAGGUAUUCCUGAGGACUCCAGAGACACGGAGGCUCUUGCUGUCCUGACCUUCCUGUAUCUCUACCUGUCUAUCUGUGGGCGGGAUCUCCCAUGUCUGGAGAUAGCAGUUUGGUCCCAGCUGCCUACAGGAGCCGGAUUGGGGUCCAGCGCUGCCUACUCCGUGUGCCUGGCCGCUGCCUUAUUAACCGCAUCUAAAAGGAUUUCUCUUCGAAUACAGGAAGAUGCAGAGGCCAGAAGGUGGACACAGAGGGAGCUGGACCUUAUUAAUCGUUGGGCCUUCCAAGGUGAGAAGGUCAUCCAUGGGAACCCGUCCGGAGUGGACAACGCUGUGGGCACAUGGGGUGGAGCGCUGCAAUACCAAGCUGGAGAAAUCACGCCAAUGACGAGGGUCCCGGUGCUGCAGAUCUUACUCACCAACACACGAGUCCCGCGCAGUACAAAGACCCUGGUGGCCGGGGUGAAAGAGAAGCUGCUGAAGUAUCCAGAGAUCAUGGAGCCUGUCCUGGCAUCCAUACAUGCCGUUUCCCGGGAGUGCCAGCGAGUCCUACAGACUUCAGCUGAUGGGUUGUCUCAGGAUCAGUACUCUGUGCUGGAGGAACUAUUUGACAUCAAUCAACAUCAUUUAAACGUGAUCGGUGUCGGGCAUUCCUCACUGGACCGGGUAUGUCAGGCGACUGCGUCACAUGGUCUGCACAGCAAGCUGACCGGAGCGGGAGGAGGCGGCUGUGCGAUUACUCUGCUCCGCCCUGACGUAGACCCCGGAACUGUGGAAGCCGCCAAACAGCAGCUGUCGGACUGCGGCUAUCAAUGCUGGGAGACCAGCAUCGGGGCUCCAGGGGUCUCACUGGAUUCUCCGUUAUCGCUGCCAGAGGAUGUCUCCCGAGCGCUCAGCACCAUAUAGACUGCAGUACAGCGAUGGCGCAUUGCAUUGUGGGGCAUCAUGGUCAUAGACGUCUGUCAGGAAAAUUACAUUUGAAGCUUUCUUUUGUUUUAUGGGGACCGGGAGAAGCUGUGACAUUGGGACAAUCGUGGACGUGCCAUACCAACGGUUAUGACGUGGAUGUUCCAGCACCAGCUAUAGUUGCCUGUCUUCCGGACUGCCCGAAUAUUAGUGGGGAGGUGUAUCAAAACGUAUUAAGCGGUCAAGUGGAGACACGCUACUUGGGCACCACCGUUAGGACCUAUGACUUUAUUCUACUGCUGCUACAGAGCCCUUCCCUGGUGUACAUCCCAUGUGUGCAAGGACCGAGACCCCCAACCCGCCACGUCUAUAGAUGCUGCAUUACCACCUGUAGACUGGCACCCGCCCAGUGGAAGGUGCAGUUUCUCCGUCCGAGUACGGCCUCCCAUGUGAGCGGUUCCCAUGAUUGUCAUUCCUCAGGGACGCUCGUCGCUGCAAUAAGAAAAUUAAAAGUCUUGAGAAUGAA